AUGGCAACAAUUAACAUCAGUGAUAUUGAUGAAAAAUUUCUUCAGUGUCCAAACUGUAGUAAAGGAUUUGUAAAACCUAAAAUCUUACCUCGAUGUAACCACACUGUAUGCGAAGAAUGUCUGGUCGAUAUUAUACAAAAAAAUCGCGGCAAACUACGUUGCCCAGUAUGUUGCCUUGACAACACAUCUUUAAUACCGGAUGAUGGAAUUAGCAGCCUUCCAGACAGCAAAAUCGUCAGCUCGCUGCAAGAUUUUGUGGGCAUUCACAAAUCACGGGUGAAUACCACACUCCUAGAGAAAUGUAGAUUAUGCGAGAAAGAGGCGAAGGGAUAUUGCGUCAUCUGUGAUCAGCUGAUAUGCCCUGGAUGCCAAGAGGCACACUUAAAAAUAACAACAACUAAAGAUCAUAAAGUUGUUUCUGUAGCAGAGUAUCAGACCACCCCAACAGAACUCCUGCGUCCUGCAAAUUGCCCACAUCACAAUGGCAAGCAAAUACAGAUGUAUUGCGAAUCCUGUGAAGUCCCAGUCUGCUCAGAGUGCAGUUUGAUACUUCACCAAGGAGAUCACCACAAACAUGUGACACUCAAGACAGCAGCCAAGAAGAAGAAAUCUAAGAUUUUUGAGACAAUGGCGCAGGUGAAAGAAAAGAUUCCUGAAAUGAAAAUAGCAAGAGUAAACUUCAAUAUGACAAAGGACAAACUUCUCUAUGAUAGGACAGUUUUGUAUAAACAGAUCAAGACGAUAGCAGAUAACAUGAAAAAGGACAUUGAGCGAGCAGAGUGUAUUUUGUUGCAAGAUGUACAGAAUCAUUUCGUUGAUAAGAUUGAUGGUCUGGAGAAAGAUAUAGCAAGAAUGGAUACCAUGAUGGAAUAUAGUAAGAACAUUGUUAGUAUUGGUGAUAACAUGAAGUGGAGUGAGAUAGAUACAUGGGUGUUCUUCCUCGAGAAGCAGUAUGGGAAACAGAUGCAGGAUAUUGCCAACACAGAAACACGUCUUCCUGUUCCUGUCUUCCAAUCCACUGAGUUCCACCCAAAUAACGAUCUUGCUUCAAAGAUGAAGGAGGGUGUAGGAAAGUUGACCAUUUCUGAUCCUCAAGAAACCAUACAACUGUCAUCCAUAAAUCGGAAACAGUUCAAGCGAAUCAAGACUAUAGAGUCAAGUGGAACCCUUAAUAGGAAGAGAGUUAAGCAACCUAGAGGCGUGACACUGUUGGAUGAUGACAGCUUUUAUGUUGCUGAUAUGGGAAAUGACAGAGUUUUGAAAUACACAACACAUGCUAAGUAUCAGAUGGAGUUUCAAUUUGUAAAGCCCUAUGACAUCACAGCUGUAGACACAGAUUCAUCCCUGGGUGGAAACAUUUUUGUGACUGAUGGUAAGGAGUUGACAAGAUGCAGUGAUACAGGGGUCGUUUAUUACAAGGAAGAUUUAGUGAGUGAAAAACUGCUACAGCCUCUUGGGAUCACUACAGACAUAACAAAAAAGUACUUGUACUUCGUUGGUAUUUCUAAAGAAGAGUCAGAAUCACAUUUUACUGCAACUGAUCUUACUUGGCCUGAUGUAAAGUCGAAUACUAAACGAAAUACAAAUGUGUUAUUCAGUGAUUUUGGUUCCAGGAAAGACAGAAAGCAACUGAUAUUUGAAGCAGAGUCAAAGUUUGUGGCUGUUAAUAGUAAAAAUCAAAUUAUCACAGCUGAUACAAGACGUGGAACAGUUCUCAUCUUUGACGCCAAAGAUCGACGGUUUGUGUCUUCAUUUGGUUCACAAGGAAAAAAUAAUGGUCAAUUUAUCAAUCCAAUGGGCGUCGCUGUUAAUAGUAAAGAUGAAAUCAUUGUUUGCAGCAAAGGCCGUAUACAGAUGUUCUCUCCUGAUGGUAGUUUUCUCUUUCGCAUUGACAGAGACGAGGAUAAACUUCAUCAGCCAGUUGCAGUCUGUGUUACCAAGAAACUGCCUCAGAGAAUAAUAGCAACUGUAGAAGAUGAAGAUGGAAAUGGACGAAUUGUCAUAUACAAAGAAAAUUAA